AUUGGAAUUUUUACUGUUUCGUUGAAUUAUAUUUUAAAAAACACACAUUUAUAAAUUGGAGGAGAUAAUAUCUAGGAUAUGUCAGGGUCAUGGCGUUUGGAUAUUACUGUAAUGGUGUUAUAUCAAAUAACACUAAUCUUCUCAGCUCAGCUGAUAUUUGUAAUUUUUCUAGACUUUAUGCCUUCCACGUAUUGUACAGAUGACAAUUUUUGCUACAAACUACAAAGUAAAUGCUUGAUGGAUUAUGACCAUAAUGCUCAGAAUUUAUGUCCGGUCAAUAUGACCGAGAAUGCAAGCAAGUGCAUUGCUGAUCACAGUAGAUUGUUUUUUCGAAGUGCACAAUUUGAAUAUCAACAAGAUUGUACAGGCCUAAAUGGAUUUUCUCUCUCCACCGCUACAUUUAUUGGAACUUUACUUGGAAACAUUGCACUUGGAUUCCUGGCAGAUAAAUAUGGCCGUCGAACAAUUUAUCUAUCAUCUCUACUUUUUGGAAUUCCAUGUGUUGUUCUGUCAGCUGCAAUCACAAACAUAUAUUCAUUUUACAUAUUUCGUAUUUUAAUUGGAAUUUCUGUGUCUGGAACGCUUACUGUUGGAUGGACGUAUGCCACAGAAAUGAUAUCACCUAAUCGAAGAUUAAGAAUUUUGGCAUUUUCCAAUUGGCCAAACGCUCGAAUGAUUCAAGUUGGCCUUGCAUACAUAUCUCAAGAAUGGAAGACUGCAACUUAUAUUUGUGCAGCAGUUUCAUGUUUAUCUCUUCCAAUCCUUAUUUAUCUCCCAGAAAGUCCAAUUUGGUUGGAUCAAAAACAAAAAUACAAAAAUGCAUCAAAAGCCAGAAAACGUUUGCGAAAAAUUGGAAAGUUUUAUUCAAACGAACACAGUACUGUCGUAGCAAAUAGAAAGUUCACGCCAACGAGAAUUCUGAAAGAUCCGAAGCUCCGAAACAGUUUCUUUAUGAUUAUUUUUAUGUAUUUCUAUGUUGGGUUAGCAGUUUAUAUCACAGAUUUAAAUGGAGCAGAUAUGACAAAAAACUUAUAUUUGGGACAGUUUUUGUCCGGUUUAGUACUCUCAAUCGCUCAAUUUAUAAUUGGUAUGACAGAGCCAUAUUUAACAGGAUUAGGCCGCCGAGUUCUCUUUCUUAUCGCUCAAUUUAUUGCUAUGCUGUGUUACAUUUGUAUUUUGAUAUGUCUUUAUUUAAAUUGGAAGGGCUCAUUCUUAUAUCUUUCUGCCUAUACAUUAGCUUAUGCUACUCAAUCUCUUUGUCUGGAAGCUGCAUAUCUUUCUCUUGUGGAACUUAUGCCAACUGAUGUUAGAGCCACUGCAGGAUCAACUGCCAACAUUUGUAUGAAAAUUGGAACUAUUUUGGCAACCUUAACGAAGCCGUUGAAGUUUGCAUAUGAACCAUCACUAUUCUUCAUUAAUUUGUCAAUAUGUACGAUUGGAAUGAUUCUUGUGUUUUUCAAGUUAGAGGAAUCACGAGAAGCUGAUAUGAAAAUGAUUGGACAAACGAAUGAUAACAUAGCUUCAGCUCACAAUGAAGAAGAAAUGCCAAACCAGACAAUACAAUUAAAAAAUUAUUCAAAUAAUUAA